UGAAGAAAUGUCAAAUAUUUUAGACAGUGACAGAAACGAAAAACUUGGUUUGACACUUAGAAUACAAAAAAAUUGUUUUUGUACCAUUUUUGCAUUCAAAUGACUUCUGGCAAGGAUACGAUGGGUGAACAGCCUAUCUUCACAUGCAAAGCUCAUGUCUUCCACAUUGACCCGAAGACCAAGAGGUCAUGGAUGCCAGCUUCAAGUUCGGCCGUCAGUGUAUCUUUUUUCUACGAUUCGUCCAGAAGCUUAUACCGAAUAAUCAGCGUCGAGGGUCAAAAGGCAGUUAUCAAUAGUACUGUUACACCAAACAUGACCUUUACCAAGACUUCACAAAAGUUUGGGCAAUGGUCUGAUGUCAGAGCCAAUACUGUAUACGGACUGGGAUUCUCAUCUGAAGCUGAACUGCAGAAAUUUAUAGAUAAAUUUAAUGACGUGAAAGAGGCAACGCGGUCGGCAAUAAGUAAAGUAACUGCCAAUGGAGGAGCUGCUGUGACUCCCGUAACUAGUGCAAAUGCAAGCCCGAUUACUGCCAGAGCUGCCAUCGCAGCAGAUUCUUCCACAGACAAUUUGUUGGAGCCACCAG